UCACACUAUCUGACAAACGAAGAAGUCAAACAAGCAAGAUGGCGCCUGCUCCAGAAACCAUCUCCUCGGCGUUUGGGAAAUAAUUGUUAUUCUUUUGCUGUGCCAGUGAGUGCGUUUGAAAUUGUUGUAUUUUAUGUAAAGUGUGACAUAUAGUUAUUAGGGUUUUUUUCAGUCGGUAACUGGACAUUGUAAUAAUUCGUCGUAAUUAACGAGUUAGCAUGUUGCUAAGGUUGGCUGCUAGCGGAGGAGAGUGGUACUGCUGACCCGAGGAUGGACGUCGUGUCCGGGUCGACCUCGGGGGGCACACCCGCCUGCCCCCUCGGCCAGGAGGAUAUGGAGGGCCUGCGCGUCUUGCCUCAUCUGGGUGCCAUCAAGACGGAGCAGUCGGGGCCCCUUCACCCGGACGAGGCUGGCAACCCCAACGUGGCCAUGGGGAUCAAGUUCAUCCUUCCCAACCGCUUCGACAUGAACGUGUGCUCCAGGUUCGUCAAGUCGCUCAACGAGGAGGACAGCAAGAACAUCCAGGACCAGGUCAACUCUGACCUGGAGGUGGCGUCGGUGCUUUUCAAAGCUGAGUGCAACAUCCAGACGUCACCCUCCCCGGGGAUCCAAGUGCGCCAUGUUUACACUCCGUCCACCACCAAACACUUCUCCCCCAUCAAGCAGUCCACCACCCUCACCAACAAGCACCGCGGCAACGAGGUGUCCUCCACGCCUCUACUGGUGCACUCUUUAUCCAUCCAUCAGCUGGCCGCUCAAGGUGAAAUGGUGUUUCUGGCCAGCAGGAUCGAACAAGAAUCUGUGAUUAACGCUCAGGACGAGGAAGGCUUCACUCCUCUGAUGUGGGCGGCUGCACACGGACAGAUCGCAGUCGUGGAGUUUCUCCUCCAGAACGGUGCGGACCCCAACCUCCUGGCCAAAGGCAGGGAGAGCGCCUUGUCCCUGGCCUGCAGCAAAGGCUACACGGACAUCGUCAAGAUGCUCAUCGACUGCGGCGUGGACGUCAACGAGUACGACUGGAACGGAGGCGUGCCUUUACUGUACGCCGUCCACGGUAACCACGUGCGCUGUGUGGAGCUGCUGCUUGAGAGCGGCGCUGAUCCCACUUUCGAGUCCGACUCGGGCUUCAACCCCAUGGACAUGGCCGUAGCCAUGGGCCACCGCAACGUUCAACAGGUGAUGGAAGGACAUCUGCUGAGAUUGCUGAUGGCCAUCAGGGAGUGACACUGGUGCUGGUAGAGAAGUUUGCAUGCACUUUUAAUCUUCAUUUAAAACAAGUUUAUAUUUAUUGUUGCUUUAAAAAGGUAAGAAUUAUGUUUGACUGAAGGACAGCACUUUCUUCUAGUACCUUUUAAUUUAUCACUUAAAUUAAGACUGUGUGUGUUGCAUGUUGUCCACCGUGUAGUAUUUAAUUUACAUACUUAGUCAGCAGACAUGACAUCUGUAAAGCUGUUUUCUGUGGAGUUUGAUGAGAAAUUGUUGUAAAACAUGACAUUUGACCAACAGCCAGCCUGAUGCUCGCUCGCUGCAGUUAAGUAGCAAGAUGUGCAUUGAAUGUUCAUUAAAUAAAAAUGUUUCAAGACUA